CAGCACGCUGAGGCAGUCACCUGCAGCGGAGUUGCUUCCGCCCUGGCGCCGUGCGUGAACUACGUCCGCGGCAUUGGGCCGCUGCAGGCCGGGUGCUGCAACGGCGUGAAGACCCUCAGCAGCGCAGCGAUGACAGGCCCAGCUCGCCAGGCGACCUGCAACUGUCUUAAGUCUUUCGCUGCAAAGAUUCCCGGCAUCAAGUAUGGUCUUGCUGCAGGAGUCCCUGCAAUGUGUAACGUUAAUGUUGGCUAUGCCAUCAGCCCAUCCACUGACUGCAGCAAGGUGCAUUAAGAUCUUUAUAAGGAGAUGUUACCUGAAUGAGCAAUUACUAGUGAUCGAAAAUAAGUGCUUCGAGGAUACGCUAACUGUUGGUUCUUUCCUCUAAUGCACAAGUUUCUCUUACUUUUGCUGUAGUAUAUAUGUAUUGUGCUUUUAGCACUGUUCCAUUCUAAAGUAUCAACGGUUUGUUGCUAUAAAUGCUCCUCUUCGAAUUAUGCUGGUC